AUGACAGACGAUGGCUAUCGCGGGUACGACAUAAAUGAAGAAGGAGAUGUGACAGAAUUCUACGACCACAGGGACGAAUUUAAACCCACUCCAGUAAUCGAAAAGAAGCCAGAUGCAGGGUGCUGUAGUUGCUGCAUAAGCUGCUGCACAGGAGCGCAUAAGACUCCCUGUGCAUCGAUUUUCGCGUUCGUCAUGGUCAUCAUUGGCAUUUGCGCCUGGACUGUUUGUGGCGUUAUGGGAAUCGAUCAGACGACGAAACUGUUCUUGGAAUACGGCCCCGACGACGGUAAUCCCGCUACAGAUCCAGAGCCAGAAUGGAUUCUCUCUGUAACUGGCCAGUGGCGACUUCUGGACCCGGACAAACCUGGAAAUUACUGGCCAAUGGUGACUGAGCGACUGAAGUACUGUAUGUACGCGAUCGCGCCACUGACAGUCGCUUUUGCUAUCGCAAUGUUGGUCGACGGAACCGCCAGUUCCAAAGAAUUCAGAAGUCCGACUAGAGGGUGCAAAAGUACGUCAGGAGGAAUCUGCUGCUCGGUCUUUUUGAUCAUUUGCGCGUAUGUUGGCAUCAUUGGAUGGAGCCUCUUUAUGGGAUUCAAUGCUUUAGGGGUUUACUACUACCGAAUGGUUCAAGAAAGAUGUCGCGAUCGCUUCGACCGAAACUUUGACAACGGAGUCUACUCAGAAAUCUGCGUCGAUUUGGUUCAAAUGGGAAUCGUCCAAUUCAAAAAUACUAGAAGCCAAGCUUAUGGCAAGAUCUGCGGAGACGGGCCAAGAGCGGCAGAAACAGAUCCUUACGGUGACUUGGAAGAGUAUUGCGAGCACUAUCAUCUCCCAUACGGUCUUUUUAUUGGAUCCCUCGUUGCAGCAGGUGUUCUCAUGCUCGGAUAUGCAAACUUCGCGAUGAUUCUUUCCGCGAACAGAAGUCUCCUCAACAAAAAGUUUUCCAGACCGAUGGCCAAGCACAGAGCAGCCAGGGCAAAGGCACAAGAAGAAGAAGACGCAGCUCCGCUUCUUUCAGCGCCUCAGGCAGGUUCUCGAAUGGCCCCAAGCGCCGCCCCAAGCAUGUAUCCGCCUCCUUCUUCGAUCGGGCCUGCUUACAUGACGCCUCGACAGGACGAAAUCGGCAUGGAGAAUCGCUUCGAUCCCUACUACAAUCAACCGGUUCGAUCGGACAAAUCAGUCGACUACUAUUUCAAGCGUUGCUAA